AUGGCAAGAACCAAACAGACAGCAAGAAAAAGCACAGGAGGAAAAGCCCCAAGAAAACAGCUGGCCACCAAGGCCGCAAGAAAGAGCAGCGCCCCAGGCGCAGUGGCUGUGAAGAGGCCCCACAGAUUCAAGGCAGGAACUGUUGCGCUGAGAGAGAUCAGAAAGUACCAGAAGACCACCGAUCUUUUGAUAAGAAAGCUUCCCUUCCAGAGACUCGUGCGAGAGGUGGCCUCAGAGUACAAGGCUGACGUGAGAUUCCAGUCUUCCUCCAUCCUUGCAAUCCAGGAGAGUCUGGAGAACUACCUCACAGGGCUCUUUGAGGACAGCAACAGAUGUGCUAUUCAUGCAAAGCGAGUUACUUUAAUGGCACGUGAUUUACAUUUGGUUAACAAGAUAAAGUCAGCUGUUAUUGCAUAA